GUAUCUGGAUCGGUUUGAUCUAUCUCGCUGUUUGUCACGGGAGGUGCCUCACCCUCUUCCACCUCUUGCGGAAGAUGUCCGGGUUGCUCUAUUUCCACUGUGGACGCUUCUUUCUUUUCUUGCUCAUCUCGACUCUCUUCUUCGGCUGGAGCCGCUUCUUGCAUGGAGAUUGGAGCAUCGGCCCCUCCUGGGCCAUUGCUACUUUGGUCUGCCAUAUUUGCCCUGCUCGGUUCUUCACCGCUCAAGUUGCUCACGGUUUCACUUCUGAUAGCUUCCGCAGAUGGUCUUCAUAUCAAGGAGACUUCAAGGCCACAAGAGCGUUCAAGACUCGCCUAGACAUGUCCGGUAUAUUGUAAUCGUUCUCCCCCUCGUCUCAUCCUACAUGAGCUUCACACCGCUGCUUCGCAGUCCUGGUUGC